GCCACCGGGGAAGGAACCGGCUCCCAUUGGCUCGGCUCGGCUCGGCUCGCCACCGCCUUCCUCCCCGCGAACACGUCGUGACCUCGAUCCAGAUCCAGCCAACUGCACGCGUCGGCAUAGCCCCCCCUCCCCUGGACGCCACUGCUCUGGAGUGGGGGAUCAUCCGCCUGGAAUUGGGCCGAUCGCUUCGUUCCUUGGUGCUGGGUAGCUGAUUGAGGUGGAUAUAACCAUACAGAGAUGUUCUCCUUGUUCUAUGGCCUGUGGAAUCAUGUCUUCAGCAAAACGGAGUUCCAUGUGCUUAUCCUCGGAGUUCAUAAGGCUGGGAAGACGACCUUUCUAGAAAAGUUGAAGUCGAUCUACCUGAAGGGAGAAGGUCUUCCGCAUGAUCGGAUUGUUCCUACAGUUGGUCUUAAUAUUGGGCGUAUUGAAGAUGCGAAUGUAAAGCUUGUUUUCUGGGAUCUGGGAGGUCAGCCUGGCCUAAGAACAAUAUGGGAGAAAUAUUAUGAGGAGGCCCAUGCUGUAAUAUAUGUUAUCGACUCUGCUGCUGCAGCAUCAUUUGAGGAUGCCAAAUCUGCUCUUGAGAAAGUUCUCCGCCAUGAAGAUCUGCAAGGAGCGCCAAUACUCAUAUUUGCAAACAAGCAGGAUUCACCAGCAGCUGUCUCAGAGGAAGAAUUGGCUAGACAUCUGCAUCUUAAAGAGUUAGAUGAGAGGCCAUGCAUGUUCCAGGCUGGAUCUGCUUUUGAUGGGACGGGGAUCAAACAUGGUGUUGACUGGCUGGUAGAAGAAAUGGAGAGGAGUAAACGCACCGAGUUGCUGAGGGUGCGUACAGAAGCAGCUGGGAAGAUUUAACGCUUCAACUCAGGCUAUCACGCAUGAUUUUCUAGAGUUCAAAGCAUCUGAGGAGGAUGGCUCCUAUGAAUUCCAUGAAUAUGGAUAGAUGCUUGCCCCCUUCUCAAUGGUCAAUUGAGCCACAUCCUAUCAAGUCAGGCCCCCCGAGUUGGCCCCAGAAAAGAUUUUUUGGUUGUGCUGCUCUUGCAGUUUUGAAGUUGUAGGAUGUCCAUUGUAGCAAUGGCAUAGAUGACCGUUCCUGGGGUUUCUUGACCUGCAUAUAGCACAUAAAAAUGCGUAUCUAAAGUUGUAGGGAUUCAUGUUCAUAUGAUUGUUGGUUUGGAUAUACUGAAAGUGACAGCAUGGAGCGUAAAGAUCUGUACAUUCGUGAUGCAAUCGUGACUUCAAUCGCGAGAUGUCUUUCCUUGUAACUGCCAUUUCAUUGUACAUUUUCAUAUGAAUCCUAAAGUUUCCUACAAAAUGUUACUUC